AUGCUUGAAAUAAAUUUGUUGAAAGUGGAGAACCCGUCCUGUCUGUGGGGUCGGUUUGUGAAGGGUCCAGGGAUAGAAGCGGUCGAGAAUAAAAAAGAAUAUGAUGAUCUGCAAAUGAAAAUGAACCUUUUCUAUCAUGAGGUCAACCUACAUGUGCAGAAGAUCAAACUCUCAACUAUAGAGUCGGGACAGGUGUGUGUGGUGUACUGGUCUGCCCUAAGGAGCUGGUGCCGAGCCAUCGUUGAGUCUCUUUUCCUUGGCACCGUUGGAACCCAGGCCAUGUGUUUCCUAGUUGACCACGGAGAGCGCGUCAUCGUCAGCUCAGAUGAGAUUCGGGCUCUGUUAGAUACGUUUUUGCAGCUGCCCUUCUGGGUUAGGAAGUUUCAGCUCGCUGGUGUUCAUCCCAUGACGCUGCACGUGUCUGGAGACUGCCUGGAGAAAGCUGAGCUCAUACCAUCAAUGCAAUGGGACAGCUCUGCCACACGCUAUUUACACAAUCUCUUACAAGCUUCUACUGAGAUGGAGGCAGUGUUGUGUGAAACACAGGCAGAUUGCACUGCCAUUGAGCUCUACUUGACCAUCAAAAAUGUCAAGAUCUGUGUGAACGACGAUCUGGUCUCAAAGAAGUUUGCGUACUUCACAAGCCAGAAGGCCCAUCAAACCAGUGGAAAAAAUGGUGUUGUUGAUAGAUCCCCAGCCGUCUUGGCUUGUGACAUCUUUUCUGAAACUCAGAACUUCCUGGCUACUGACGGCUGUACCGUACGAUCACUUUCAGAUUUCCGGCUCCGGCAACAGGACCCAAUCUUUCAUAAUCAAGUGUCUGAUCAGUGCCAGCUAACGGCAUCUGUGAAAGAGGCAUCGAAGACUUCCAAUGAGAUAUCAAAUCCAAAGAAAAGCCCAGAAAAUGGAAGAAAUCCCUUAGAGGGAGGAAAAAAGAAGGCAGCGCAGCCGCAGAACAAGAAAUUCAAGACAUUUUCAGAGAUUGAUGGCGACGAAGUCGAGAGGGACGACGGGCCCGGAGAGGAAACCGACAUGUCUCUUGACUCAGAACUGUUCAGAAAUCUGAAUCUGUUAAGAUUCAAGAAGUUUCUGAAUCCUACUUCGAGCACUCAAAGGGCUGCUAUUCCCAAUACUGAGCUUAUUGAACAGAAGGAGGAACGUGGUGUUCAGAGGAUCUCUGCGGUCCCAGAGAAAGCAGAGGAAGAGCCGGUCACUGCACCUCAACAGAUCGGACAACAGACUGAAACGGCUGUAUGUACUCCUAGUGACCUAGUAGACCGGACACAAGAGUUUGUCUUCACAGAGCAGCCAACCAUUGAGGAGGAGCUUGUCUGCGCUCGGUUGUUGCAGUUGCUAAACCCUGACCCUCUGAACACAGAUGUAGGCUCAUCAGAAAUCGUCCAUACUGAUCCAAGCAGGAGUGGGAUAAUGGUGCAUUCUGCCUUUACUCUGGACCCCUGCACCAGUCUGGCCAAUGCUCCAAUCACUGACACCUUCCGGAGGAUCUUGAUGAGGAAUAAGUAUGCCGGCCCGUCUGUGGCUGAGAGUUACUGCUGGCCGGCGGUGGCCAGGGGCUGUGACACGGUCCUCAUCUCCCACAGCGGAGACCAGCCCCUCACCUACAUUCCCCCGUUCCUGGCCCACAUGCAGCUCUCCUCUGUCUUCAGCGCCCUCUCUGCUCGCACCGGGCCCAUAGCGGUGAUCCUGUGCCCGGGGUGGGAGAAAGCCCAGACUGUGAUUGACCUGCUGGAGGAGAGCCAGACCUUCCAAGUCCUCCACCCCAUGGUCAUACUGUUGGGACUGGGAAAGGACGAGGCAAAGACUGUUAAGAUCCAGAACAACUUUCGGUUUGACAGACAGGAGUAUUACUACAUUCCUCUCCUGCUGUGUUUUGUGUGUGUCUCUCCAGGCCAGGUGGUGGUGACCACUCCGUUCAGCCUUGUGCGUCUGCUGCGUUUGCACUGUUUCCUGUUCCUGCGGCUGUGUCACCUGGCGCUGGACGAAGUGGACCUGCUCUUUUCUAGAGCCCCGGAUGAGAUGACCAUCAUCCUGCAGCACUUCCAGAGGGUGACAGCCAGCGAGGAGCGUGUGUCGUGCCCCAGACAGAUCAUCGCAGUGGGAAAGCGCUGGAGCCGCCCCCUGGAGGGCCUGCUCCUCAACCACAUGAGCAACCCCACCGUUGUCGUCACGGUGAUGGAGGAGGCCGCACUCUACGGCAAUGUGCACCAGAUUAUCCUGUUGUGUCUGGACUGCACUAAGAUCUCUGUCCUGCUCGGGGCGCUGGACUUCACCCCCGACGUGGCCCAGAAGACCCUCGUCAUCACCAACUCUGCUGAGGAGGCUGAAAAUGUCUUCAAGGCUGUUUCAAACACAUCAGCCUUCUCCCUGAAGGUCCACGAGGAGUUAACCUACCAGUUUGACUUUGUGACUGAGCAGUGGAAGAAGCCAAUUGGACCUGGCACUCAUGUCAUUCUGGUCACCACCAAUGAGUGUAUGAAGUCUUUGGGUAUCUGUGAUGCUACGUGUGUUGUGCACUACGGCUUCCCAAGCUCACCUAAGCUGUUUGGCAGCCGUCUGUUUUGCAUGUCCCAGAACUUCCAGAACCUUUCCGACAAGGAGCGUGCUGCAGAGAGCACGUCUCACCCUGCCAAGUCAGUGCUGCUGCUAUCUGAGAGGAAUGCCCGUCACGUAAUCGGGGUCCUGCGCUACCUAAAGCGUACUGAGGCCUCGCUGCCUCCAGAGUUGCUGCACUUCGCCCAGGGAGUCCAGCGGGCCAAGGAGGAACAGAAGUCAGACAAGCCUCUGUGCAAAUACCUCAAGAGCUUUGGCUUCUGCAGGGACAGCAGUGUUUGUUCUUAUCGACACAGCAUCAGCCCCAUAACAGACCAGCCACUGCAACCAGACUCUGGAACUAUUGUGGUUCUGCCCCUGUUCAUCAAGACUGCUUCCGUCUACUACGGACGCAUUGUGAGUAAGAAGGAGGACCGUUAUGAGAGCCUGGCAGCAGCAAUGACUACAUACUACGCCGCUGAGAAGCUGGGUGCUAAGGAGGUUCUGGAGGGAGGGCUGUACGGAGUACAAGAGGAUGAGGUCUACCACAGGGUGCGGGUGACUUCGGUGCCGGACAAGGGUGAGUGGAUGUUCUGCAGCGUGAGGGCUCUUUUCCUGGAUGAGGGGCGUGAGCAGGAGGUGAAAUCCCACCAGCUGCUGCAGCUGCCGGCCCAGUUCCACACACUGCCGCCACAGGCUUUGGAAAUCAUUGUCUGCAGGGCCAUGCCCAUCGACGCUGAGGUCAAAUGGAACCCCAAGGUCACCAGGGCCAUCAGUCAGAAGAUCAAAGGCUUGCAGCACCAAGCCAAGGUUGUUCUGUGUUUGGGAAACACGGUCUUCGUAGAUCCCAUGGUGCGGAUGACACGACUACCAGGCCUGAAGACCUUCAUAAAUGAAUACAACGUCCACGCUGAGAUCCUGAGCACGGGGCUGGGCACCAGCAACCCUCAGCACCUGGACCUGCUGAAUGAGCUCUGCCAGGGGGCUGGGCCUGGAGCCAGUGCUGGGGAUGCCCCGCUCACCACGGUGCCGGAUGGCUCUGGGGUGACCUUGGAGGACAAGGUGCAGGCUGCAGAGGAGGCCCUGGUCCACAGGAUGAGGGCAGCUGUUGAGCGCUUACACUGUGGCCAAGAGGUUUCUGUAGACCAGCCCCAGACCCAAACGUCUGUUCUUCAUGCCCGGACAGACUUCUCCCAGUGCCAUAUGAAGGCCUCAGCAGAUCUGCACCAGAUGGACCAGAAAGUCUUUGCUCAUGCACCCCAGCCUCGGAUGAACGAUGUCUUUAUAUACCCGUCCCAGCUCUCGCCCAAGCCACAGGAGGCCCCAUUAGCAGCAGUUCCUGAUCCGAGUGAGGCUCAACUACCAACACUCAUGGACAGGACCCAGAUACCUUCCCCUCUCCCAACACCUAGCGAAGCCCAGAUAUCUGCCCCACUCCCAUCAACUAGCGAGCCACAGUUACCUGCCCCAACAACUGAGCACAACGACCCCAAAAUGGAGCAGUGGAGGAGCCUCAUAGCUAACCUCCAAGGCGCCACACAAACACGGAGGCAUACAGCUCUACAAGGAUUCACCCCCAAAGACUGGAUUUCUGCAGUUCCCCGCCCCAUUGAAAAUGGUCAUAUGAUCGAUGAGAAGCAAGUCAACGGUGAGAAAGUCAUCAGUGUUGUCAAGGUUGAUGUUGAUGCACCAAAAAGUUUCCAUCCACAGAUCAAGUGGUUCCAGAGAGAUGACACAGUCACACUGAACAUAAAGCUCAGAGAACCAGUGGAUCAGAGAUGUGAAUUCUUCCCUGACAGAGUGGUGUACAGUGCGUGUGUGAAUGACAGGCCUUAUCGUGCUGACCUGGAGCUCCACAGUAACAUCACUGCAGAGAGGUGCUCCUGGGAGAUGAAGUGCAAUGAGCCAGUCAUCAGGCUCGUCAAACAGGAGAGGGGAGACUGGAAGAUGCUCCUCAAGCAAAAGAGUGCUUUUGUUAGUUUGGAUUUCGACCGAUUUGAGGAAGAUGAAAAGAAGACUUCAAAUGGUCUCUGCUUUGUGGGGCACACUGGGGAGGAAGGCUGCUACGUGAGCUCAGAUAGUAGCAGUGACUGA